GAGCCCAGCUGGAACCACCAUUGGUUUGGGCACAGUCAAUGCCAUCGUGCCCCACUGAGCCCUACCCACACGUGGAGCUCUUUGUGCAGCGCGUUCCCCUCAUCGGAGCGGAGGGAACCGCGACGUUGGGGGCUGGGAGAGGAAGUGCAGAAAACAGGAACCCGGUGCAGCCCUGAGGCCGCUGUGAGCUGCAGUGCUGGGCCCAAGGACGGUGAACCCAUCAGCAGGAGCUGGUGGUGGGGCAAGAUGUGGAAGGCGGUGGUGGGCCACGACGUGUUGGUGAAGGUGGAGGCACAGAGUGAUGACUGGGACACCGACCCCGACUUCGUGAAUGACAUCUCCGAGAAGGAGCAGCGAUGGGGGGCCAAGAGCAUCGCGGGCUCCGGGCGGGCCGAGCACAUCGACAUCCAUCAGCUGAGGAGCAGAGUGUCCGAGGAGCACGAGGUCAUCAAGAAAAAGGAGCUGGAGAGCGGCCCGAAGGCCUCGUAUGGCUACGGGGGCAAAUUUGGGACAGAGCGGGACCGAAUGGACAAGUGCGCUGUGGGCCAUGAGUACGUGGCCGCUGUUGGGAAGCAUUCCUCGCAGACUGAUGCAGCUCAGGGCUUCGGGGGGAAGUACGGCGUGCAGCGGGACCGAGCCGACAAGUCAGCGCUGGGGUUUGAAUACAAGGGAGAAGUGGAGAAGCACUCAUCCCAGAAAGAUUACUCCAAGGGUUUUGGUGGCCGUUACGGUGUGGAGAGGGACAAAGUGGACAAAGCAGCUGUGGGGUUUGACUACAAGAGCCAGACAGAGAAGCACGACUCACAGAAAGAUUAUUCAGUGGGAUUCGGUGGGAAGUUUGGAGUCCAGAGAGAUCGCCAGGAUAAGAGUGCUCUGGGCUGGGACCACCAGGAGGACGUGCAGCCCCACGCGUCCCAAACAGACUAUGCCAGGGGGUUUGGAGGCCGCUAUGGGGUCCAGAAGGACAGGGUGGAUAAGAGUGCUGCUGGCUUCGAUGAGAUGGAAGGUCCAACCUCCAGAUAUGAAAAAACACAACCAGUGGAGGCAGCCUCCAGUGGUGCCAGCAGCCUGCGGUCACGGUUUGAGAACAUGGCUAAGUUGGCAGAAGAGGAGAGCAGGAGGCAGGUAGAAGAGGAGCGGGCCAGGCGGCAGGCGCGGGAGGGCCAUGCGGCAAGGCGGAAGGAAAUCCCACAAAGAGAGAUUGACCGCAUGGAGCCACCUCCUGCCCCUGUGCCAGCAAGGGUCCCUGAGAGAGCUGAGCAGGAGCCCACACCAAGAGGAAAGCAGGAGGAGAAAGGAGAGGAGGAGGAGGAGGCAGCACCUGUGUUGCCCCCAAGGCAAGCAAAUCUGACCGAGGAGGAGGAGCAGCCCAUCUACAGCGAGACUUUUGAUGUUGGUGGAGACUACGAGGAGCUGCUGGAGCACUCCGACUACUGCGACAGCGUCAGUGCAGGCGCUGGCUACAAGGAGCUGCCGGUACCAGUGGGACAGCCGGGUGCCACCUACAGCCUGGGAGAGGAGGAUGAAGGGGGGGACUAUGAUGAGAUCAUGCCCGAGGAGCCCAGCCAGAGCCAGACCUGCAGGGGGGGAAUGGACAGCAUUUACGAGGUGGAGAGCCCUGGGAUCUGUGCAGUGGCCCUCUAUGAUUACCAAGGAGAUGGAGAUGAUGAGAUUUCCUUCGAUCCCAAUGACACCAUCACACACAUCGAGAUGGUGGAUGAAGGCUGGUGGAGAGGGCAGUGCCAUGGCAAAGUGGGGCUCUUCCCAGCAAACUACGUGAAGCUCCUGCAGUGAGGCCAGGGUCCAACUGCCUCCUCCCAAACCUUCGUCUCUCUCCGCUUCAGUCCUUCAUGCAUUAUUAGCUUAAUCUGACUCAGCUUGGCAUGGCUGCAUGCGAGGAAUAGCCAUGAAUAAACCAGCAGUGUGGGAGAAAAUGUCCAGGGUGGGUUCUGAUUCACAUCCCAUUGAGAAAGGUGGGAUGGUUCCAGAACUUAUGGGUGUGAUAUGCAAUGUCUUUUCUGUCUGGGUCAUCCCAUGCAUCAACCACAGCAGGUGCAGGAGGACUGUGUUCAUUUCUGUUCCAGCAGGGCACUUCUCAGGCAAGGAACACCAACCGUGAUGUGGUCAGGGCAGGAAGGAGUGCCCUUUGUCACCCCCAUUGGUCAGACCUUUAUUCCAGGGAACAGCAAUAGAAUGAGAGGGGAUGGGCUGACGGUGCUGGGAGGGUCAGGGUGGAGAUGGGAACCAAGCUGUGCUCCAAAGAGUGGUCAGCACUGCACAGCUGCCCAGGGCAGGGGGGAGUCCCCAUCCCUGGGGGUGUUGGGUGAGCACAGGGAUGGGGCACUUGGGGAUGUGGGCAGUGGGAUGGGCUGGGGUUGGACUGGGGAUCUCAGAGGUCUUUUCCAACCUCACUGGUCCUGUGGUUCUACGCAGAGGACUAAGUCCAGCAGUUGCAGCUGGAGAAUAAGAGGUGAUGCCCUGGGCUGUGACCCUCCCCCAUGAGGGUGUUGGUGGCAGGAGCUGUGAAGGCUGAAAGUGCCUGUUUCCUGGGAUGGGCUCCCACCUGCAGGAUGGUCCAAUGUGUCUUGGAGCAAGAGGAAAAAAGCAAACAGCUUCACUCGGGUCACCACCCAGGGGGCUCAAAGGGGAGUGUUCUGUGGGGAACAUCCCUUCCAUCCAGCAGAGGGACCAGCAGUUCUGUUGGCAAUAUUUCCAAGGGCCCCAUCAGUGCUGUUAAGGACUGUAAGUGCUCACACACAGGUGCUUGGUCAUCCUCGGUGCGCUGAAGUCAGCCCACCCAGUCCCACUGCAGAAAUAGUUACCUGCAGCUAAUUAGCUCACCUGUCAGUAGAAAUUAAUAAAGAAAGGAGUGAAUUGUUCACUCUGGGUGAGGUUCCCUUACCCAAAGGAUUCCCACUGCUUGUGCUGUUGGCCACAUCCUGAUUCCCUGGCAUGGGUUGGUUGCAUCACUUUGAGGUCUACCAAACCUUCAGCAGCCUGGUUUGGUCAGAGCUCACGGCAGCACCAUCUCUGUGCCACACUCUGCUCCCCCCUGUAGCUCAAGCAAUAAACUCUUCUGUUCUGAACUGA